GUUAACAGCACAGAUGAUGAAAACAUAUCGGCAUACUACAAUGUAUAUACGGCAUACAAGGCAAUUUAGUUCGCGUUCAGGCUUCCAAUUGUUUGUCCUGACAUUUGAGUGAAUGCCAUCAUUUGGUCUGGUAAACCCUCGCCGUGCAAUCGGAAGCAGCAUGUGAAUUUUCGAUUCGUUUAUCUGACUUCUGAGUGUUUCAUGGAUUCUUUGCGGGAACUUUGUUCAGUAGCCUACUCAGAAUAAAGAGGUCACGAUUGCUUAGAGAAUAUUUUGUUGAACUUCAGUGACCCAUUGGUGCACGCAGCCACGUGAAAAGUAACGCUGAUACUUUGUAUCGAUGGAUUCAAUCAAAACUGUCGCAACAACUGCCGCGUUCAAAAUAACUGGGAACUCGGAAAACUCCGACUUCAGUUUUUUCAAGACAAAUGAGAAAUUGCAAAAAACGAGCUCCCACUGGGAAAAUUCGUUUUGUACGGUCAUCCAACUCGGAAUUCCAAGAUAGGAACUCGGCCUCUUUCUGUGGCUCUGACUUUCCGACCUGAAGAUCACUGACGUUAUGAUUUUUCCAGCGGUCUUGGAAGCGCCAAACUUCCACUAGAGUACGUUUUGCAUAGCCUGGUGCCCGGUUGGAUGGAGAUGUCACUUAAUGACCAAUGGAAUGGUCUAAAUAAUUUAAUUCCGCCCAACCGGUGCACCGGGCCAUGCAAAACGGAUCCGCCCAUUGUAGCGGGUUGAACCACAUGUGUCCACAUGCACGAAACUCAGACAUUUCCGACCUGCUAAUUGGUUGUAGUUAUACACCUGCUGCGUUCAACCAGUUAGAAAGUCAGACAUGUUGUGAAUUUGUCAAUGUCAACAACAAAAAAAUAAGCAAAUAUUUGUUACUCAAUUGCAUUGAUAUAAAUGUAUUUCAAGUCCAUCUCAGAAAUGCAUACUAGUUUCAGAUUCUCCGAGCUGUGACACGGUAGGCGUACCCCAUUACCACAAUGUUACCAAAAUGUAUGGGGGUUCCUCGUCCAUUGAUGGACUACGGGAGCCCAACAUUCUUCCUUAUAGUCCAAGGUUCUUACAUGUUCUAGUUAAAGGAGAAUUGGCUCUGGAAACCAAAACAGUUAAAUACUCCAUCUAAACAUGAAUCGAUCUCAAAUGUGGGACGGUUCUAGAAACAACUCCCUCUACUUUCAAAUCACAUCAAAAUAAUGUCAUGAAGGGAAAAUACAUUUACUGCUCACUGUUUUAACCUGUUUUAACAGUUGUAGCCGACAGUAUUUUUCAGUGACGACACGUUCGUGGUGUCUGUCUUCCCUUUACACACAGGUGUUCAGAGACGCAGAUGGCUAAUUAGCACAGAUAGUCAGUCUUCCGUAAACAAGCGCUGUAAAAUGGAAAUAUGCCCGUGUGGGAACCUUAACCCUAUAAAGAUCCUGGUGUAUUAUCGGACCACCACAGAGUCAACACAUGAUGAGCAACAGCAGUAAACGAGUCCAGCCAAGCUUCACUGUCGCCCCGGUGGUCCAGAGCAAGAUGCACCGGCUGGAAGGACCCAUCAUUGGUAGCGUGGCGUCUACAGAGGCAGGAGGGCUCUCUAAACCAGCCAGCCUGGCUCACUACCCCUCUGCCCCCCACCACACACCCCAGACCCAGGCUCUACAGAACAACAGGGCCUACUUCACCUCUGACCUCAGGGGUCACGACCUCUCUGACCCUGACCUCCGACCUUCCUGGAGCCCUUCUAAGGGGUUGCUGCUGAGCAGGAGUAAUGUGGGGUGUUCCCCUCAGAGCGCGGAGGAGGGGUCUUUACGAAACCACAUAGUUUACAGCAGGGCAGAGAACAUGACUUUUUCUACUGAGAGUAGUAGUGUUAGUGGUAGUGGUAGUAGUAGUAGUGGUGGUGGUGGUGGUGGUAGUAACUCUGUCUCUGCUGCUGCUCAGGACAUUCCAGCCAAGCAGGGUUUUACCUACUACACCAGGAGCCCAGGCGGGCUGAGGAGUCCCACCAGCGGCCCUGGGACCAUCGCUAUGCCCAUUGCUGUGAGGAAGCAGCCUCCUGUUGGAGGAGUUAGCCUCUCCCCUCAGUCUGAGAACUCUGUCUGUCUGGGUCUGGCUGUUCCCAAUCCGCUCUACGGACACCCCUCCCCCUGCUGUUCAGAGCUGGGCUGUACUGUAGGACAGAGGCACAGUCUGGAGCAGAGGGGGGGAGUACACAGGAUCCAUCCCCAUCUUAAUGUGUAUGAGGGGUGGAUGUAUAGUCCUAGCUCACACCACCCCAGGGCUCUGCAGCUGGAGCACGGUGUUGAGACAGAGAGACUAUCAGACAGACUGCCUCUGAAAGAUGUCAAGGACCACCAACAGCACCCCAGUGGAAUUCCCAACAGAGCAUCAUCAGCACAAAGGUUCCCUGUCUUCAUGGAACCAACCUACAGCAUUGGUUACCCAUGUUCCCCCGCCCGUGCCAUACUAGGCCCCUCCUCCUCAUUUAUAUGUGACCCCCCCCCUUCACGGUUAAGCUCCUCCCCCUAUGGGGCUGAUCAAUGCCAACGUUUACAAAUCCCCUCCAAACGUCCAACCUAUCACAGCUUGGUCUCUUCCCACCCCUCAUGCCCUUCCUCUCACCCCUCCUGCCAUCCCUCCUGCUCUUCCUCUCACCCCUCCUCCCAUCCCUCUCACCCCUCCUCCUGCUCUUCCUCUCACCCCUCCUGCUCUUCCUCUCACCCCUCCUCCCAUCCCUCUCACCCCUCCUGCCAUCCCUCUCAUCCCUCCCACGCUGCAACAUACAAACCCAUGACCCCUUCGCACCAUGGCGUUCCGGUGACGUCACAGGUUUAUCAGGGCCGCUCUCCUCCCAAUGUGGCCAAAUACAGCCAGCUCCCAGUCACACAGCCCAUGUUUUACUACCGUCCUCAGGCAAAUGUGGAGGGAGAGAGUGACAGUUGUGGAGCAGGGUUUAAAGAUGCAGGAGGAAAGCACAGAGACUGGGAGGAUGUUAUGGUCCCUAAUGGUUCUAAACGACCCCUACCUCCAAGUUCCUCCCAGACAGGACCCCACCUAGCUACUCAUCUUCCCAGCACAUCAAACCCCUCCCACUACCUUGUCACCCAGUCUGUGUACAGUACUGAUGUCCCCAUGUCUAGCCACACGGCUCCCAGUAGCCACCCAUACCUCAGGAGUUUUGACCAGCCCUCCUAUCAUCAAUUGUACAGGAUGCCUCUGAAUGCAGCAGGUCAGAUGAGAGUCCCUGCUAUAGCCCCAGAGAGACCCUGUGCCUCUCCAUCUCCUCCCAGCAGCCUACAGCAGACUGAGAGACCCCUGGACUACUCCCUGCCUCAGUACAGAUCUCUAGUUACCUCUCCUCAGGUCUCCUCCCCCAGGAGACACCACCUAUCUCGGGGACACUUUGACUCCACACUCCCUGGAGCCCCACUGACUGUCUCCACCACACUGUCACGGGCUGACUAUGGCCAUCACAACCACCCAGCCAACCACCAUGCUACUACAGCCAUGUGUACCACUGCUGAAAACUUUGGCAACCACAACCACCACACAACUACAGCCAACCAGAACAACCACCAACACAUAACUACACGUAACCAUCACAACACUACGUGUCAGGGAGUGACUGGUUCUAUUGUAGUGCGGCUUAGAGGCAGCCCUGUCCCUCAGUCUAAUGUGCAUGGAGACAUGAUCACUACUGGUACAGAAACCCUGAAGAGAUGUGUCUCUGACUCAGACCGACCCAUCAACAUAGACUCUCCCUCCCCAAAACACACACAGGACAAUGGGGAUGACGUCAUUGAUGUGGAACUGUAUCAGAAACGACAGAAGAUGAAGGUGAACGGCGGGAGAGCAGAGGUGAACGGAGAUGGAAGCGGACUAGAUAGCUGUCAGUCUCCCUCUCCUCCCAUGCCAGUCAUCAACAAUGUUUUCAGCCUGGCUCCAUACAAGGCUUACCUAGAGGCUGCUGGCAUGCUGUCACCACCUGUUAGAGGAUCUCAGAGAACUGACCACGAUCCUUCUGGACACUGUGUGUUCAAACCUGAGACCCAAUCAGACCCUCACAGACAUCAUCAACACAGACAGGAAACAGGCCCUACAUCUGACCCACACAGGCCUGAGAGAGACCCUAAACGAGAGGAAGAGAAGCCUGUAUCAAUCAAUCACAGGAUUGAUAACCAUGUAGUCCGACCAGCCUUAGAACAGCAGAGGCCUGUAGUCGAGCAGAGGAUUCUGGGUACUGUAGUCAGAUCAGACACUACACAGAAGAAACCUGUAGUGUCUGUUUUUAGUGAACCACUGCAGGAACCAGAGAGGGAGGUGGACGUGAAGACUGAUCACGACAUGCAGACUAAAGUGGUUAAGGAAGAGGAGGAGGAGGAACCGGAACAGGAACCAGAGAGGGAGGUGGAUGUGAAGACUGAUCACGACAUGCAGACUAAAGUGGUUAAGGAAGAGGAGGAGGAGGAACCGGAACAGGAACCAGAGAGGGAGGUGGAUGUGAAGACUGAUCACGACAUGCAGACUAAAGUGGUUAAGGAAGAGGAGGAGGAGGAACCGGAACAGGAACCAGAGAGGGAGGUGGAUGUGAAGACUGAUCACGACAUGCAGACUAAAGUGGUUAAGGAAGAGGAAGAGGAGGAACCGGAACAGGAACCAGAGAGGGAGGUGGAUGUGAAGACUGAUCACGACAUGCAGACUAAAGUGGUUAAGGAAGAGGAAGAGGAGGAGGAAGAGAUGGAGGCGGCAGCAGCAACAGAGACGAGUGUGUUUGUACAUGAUCUCACCGUGGGUGUUAUUAAGAAAUGUGAAUCUGAUAAACUGGACAGUAAAUUGUCAAUAGCGUCAGAUAAAUAUAUUUCUAUUAUGUCAGCUACAGAUGUGUCUCAAUGCAAAGCAGAGACUUCAAAUAGAUGUGUGAUGGAGGGAUCUUUUACUUACAACGUGCACCACCAUCAGCCCCUAACUCAGCACCAGCCCCGGUCCAACCACCAACCUAACCACCAUCCAUCCCAGCCCCAGUCCGACCACCAUCCAUCCCAGCCCCGGGCCAAUCACCAACCUAACCACCAUCCAUCCCAGCCCCAGUCCAAUCACCAACCUAACCACCAUCAAUCCCAGCACCAGUCCAAUCACCAACCUAACCACCAUCAAUCCCAGCACCAGUCCAAUCACCAACCUAACCACCAUCAAUCCCAGCACCAGUCCAAUCACCAACCUAACCACCAUCAAUCCCAGCACCAGUCCAAUCACCAACCUAACCACCAUCCAUCCCAGCCCCUGUCCAAUCACCAACCUAACCACCAUCCAUCCCAGCCCCAGUCCGACCACCAUCCAUCCCAGCCCCGGGCCAAUCACCAACCUAUCCACCAUCAAUCCCAGCCCCUGUCCAAUCACCAACCUAACCACCAUCCAUCCCAGCCCCUGUCCAAUCACCAACCUAACCACCAUCCAUCCCAGCCCCUGUCCAAUCACCAACCUAACCACCAUCAAUCCCAGCCCCUGUCCGAUCACUAUCCACCCAAUCCGCCCCAGCCACACCUUCGUCCCAAAUCAACAACUCCACCCCAACCCCUCUCAAUAAGGAUGUUGGGCGCGUUCACCCAUAACGUGCACCACCCGCCCCAGGCUCAUCAUACGCCCUAUGACCAGAUUGCUACACUACACCCCAAAUCAUCCACCCCUCCCCAAUCCACCAACCCAGCCGCCACCAAACUGAACCUUCAAAACAUCCCUCCUCAAUGUCUCAAACUAUCCACCUAUAAGAUCGUCCUGCCAGAUAACAUGCUCCGGGCUGUUGCUCCCUCUCCCUGCUCGACGGAGGUCCCACAGUCACCCACUGACCCUACAGCUGUAGCCAAAUCUCUUUCAGACAGCAUCUACAGCUCCCGACCAGCCAGACAGCACUUCCUAGAGCUGCACCUCUUACUUUGUAACCUGGUCUCCAGCUGUGUGUCCCACACCCCACCCACAGAGCUCCAAACCUGGCUGUCCCAGCUGGACAUCUCCCUUACCGCCAUUUCCCCACCCAAGGCCCAGAAGGUGACCUCUCUGCUGGGUUCUGAGGCCAGGGAGGUGUGGCUGAGGGGACCAGAGACCCAGGCUGCCCUCCAGAAUGUGCUCCAGAGACUGGGGCAGUAUGUAGCCCAGAAGCAGUGUCCCUUCCCCCAUGUGAUGAGGACAGGCGCGGUGUUUGUUCCCAUGCUGGUGGUCAAGGAGCUGCUCUUCCCUCAGGUCCAGGGGGCCUACAUCGACCAGGUUCUCCAGGAGCACAAGGUGGAGUUGAGACCUACCACCCUGUCUGAGGAGAGACACUUGGUGACGCUGCAGAAACGACCAUGUUCCUCCAAGCUCCGCAGGCUCCUGUCACUCAAACACCUGCCUAACAUCUACCCUGACGUUCUCAACCUCUACUAUCACAGCUGUGUCUGCAAGAGCCUGGGUGUAGAGCCAUGUGACGUGGCCAGGACACCAGAAGGAGCGCUGUGUUCAGAGGACCGUUGGAAAAGCUCUGCCAGUGGGCUAUGUUCACUGGCCACUAACACUGGACCAUGUUCACAACCCACCAACCGCUGUGACAUUGGAACACAGACCACCACCUCAGCAGCCGCCGGCUCACCACAACACCUGGAGGAAUGUAUCAGUCUGUCUCCGUCUCAGACCCCGAGCUGCAGAGCCACAGCCAGCCUCUCCUCUCAGAGACCGAGAGAGGACCCGAAGAGAGGAUCAUCAUCCUCCUCACACUUUAAGAAGCACAAGAGGAAAGAGGGGAAAGGCAAGAAGAAGAGCCUCACCAAACCUCCGUUUGUAGGGACGAGGAAUCGUACCGUGUUGGAGGGUGGUGGGAACACAGAGCAGGCUGGACACCAGAGCAUUCUGAAGAACACUGUUAAUCAAGAAGAGGAGGAGGGAUGGGACGGGCGGCCGGUGGGGAGCAGUGACGACGCAGGGAGUGACUCUGAAAGUAGGGAUGGGAAGAAAAGGGGAAAGGGGGAUGGAGAGCGGAAGGGAGGCAAUAAGCUGGAGGAAGAGGAGGAGCCACCAGCCACACCCCUGCUGGAGGAGGAGGAGUCUAACUCCUGGACUUGCCCUUUGACCUUAGACGAGCUGUCUUCGUCUCCUAGCAACACGGAUCGAGCCUCCACACUAUUGUCCGUGCCGUCCUACGAGAGCACGUCCACUCCGUCCUACAAGACCCCAUCCUCAGGUUCAGGGUCAGCCUGGUCCCAGGGCCUCAGGACUAAGAGCCAGUCAGGAAUGAUCCUCAAGCUGAGGAAGGUGUUGUUUCCUGAGGGACGUAAAGGACAACAGACGCGAUACCAGGCUGUCUCUGUCUCAGACCCUGAACUGCGCCGACACAGUCAGCCUCCUCUCUCAGACAGCCAGCCUCUCCUCUCUGAGACAGAGGAUGGGGAGGACAGGAGAAAGAGGGACAGGAAGGGGGACAGAGGAGAGGCCAGGGAAAGAACCAGGGAUGGAUGUCUUUCCAGGAGGAUGUCCUCCAAGUUCCCCCAGCGAGGGCUGCAUUUCGGGGGCUUCUCUUCUACCCUGCGCCACCUCACCACCUUCUCCACCUUCAGCCGACUGCCCUCCUCUCUGUCCUCCUCCCUGCGCCGCUCCGUCAUGAAGAUCAAGUACUGCCCCUUCUUGUCUGCCUGCCACAGCUCUGACCACCGCCGGCGCCGCUGGGUCCUUCGCUCCGCAGUGCAGCGCGCCCGCUCCGUCAUGAAGAUCUACUACCCAGACCUGGUGGGGAGACGGAUACAACACCUCUACGAGGAGGGGGACGGGACGGAGGUGUGGUACAGGGGUCUGGUGGUGCAGGUACAUGAGCCACACCCUAACCCCCUGAAGACCGUGUUCCAGGUGAAAUAUGACUCUGAACCAGAGUGGCAGUAUUACCUGGAGCUGCUCAUAGACUAUAAGAAGGGUUGGCUCAAAAUAGAGGACUGAGACAGGGCCGAGACAGGACUGACGGCUAACUGGGCGUGUUGUCUUGUUUGGUUUUUGAAGAAUGGCUGGCUUGAAGAAGAGGAGUGAAUCCUGGGAAACAUUAUUUCUCCUGUGUUUUGGUUUUCACUGGUUUGUGUGUUUUGACUGUGUUUUGGUUUUCACUUGUUUGUGUGUUUUGACUGUGUUUUUCAACGGUUUGAUAUGUGUAUCGGUGCUUUUCUCUGGGCCACUUUGUUUCGCAUCGCCUGGUUCCCCGGGUGGGUGGAGAUUUCACUUUAGGACCAAUGGAAUGGUCUACAAUAUGCAACUCCCAACCCUGUGCACCGGACCAUGCAAAACAAACUCGUCCAAUGAUCCUCAAGUUGGUCUUUGCUAGUUUGUUGUUAAACUGUCAGCUGCUGGCUGCCUCCCAAAGGAAUGCUGUUGGACAAGAUGGAGAUUAUUUUUUACUUAAGACAGACCGAUUGGUUAAACUGUGCUCCUUGCAACAUGGAAACAUAAAUCUACCACCCAUUAUGUUCAA